UUGAUGCAGACAUUUGGCUGUCUCUACAUACAUAUAUACAGGCAAAAGAGACUUCAUGACUCUUGAAGCUUCAUGAGCUGGCAGUGAGGUCCAAGCAACUCUUCCUGGAGCUUUGUUCUGGUUUGGAUUUCUUACCUCUGUCACCAGCCACUGGCGGAAUCUCCACAUCAUUUCAUCAUUGAAGUCAGAUGCCUCCUGACCCUCUGAAAACACUCACCUGAAUUCUCUGCAAUCAACAAAGCAGCCCAAGGACAGACCCUCCAGUAAAUCCUAUGUGACUGAAUCUAUAGGAGCCUGGCUGUUGGGAGAUAUUGCUACAGCAGCGGGAAGAGAAGAAGCAGUAAAGUAUCACCUUGGAGCAGAGCAAAGCAUUGCAUUGCACACUACACAGACGGGGAAAGGAAGACACAGAAAGACUCCAAGACCACAUCGUAAAAGCCAAGUAUCUAAAUAAGAACUUACCUCUUCUCACCACCCAAAAGAGAUGGAGCUUGGAGAGAUCGUUGUGGUUGAACGUCCCAGUGAGAGGCAGUUGUAUGUGGAGCAGAAGCCAAGAGCCCAGGACCUGCUGGGGAGAAGCAGAAGUCGGAUCCACCGAGUUUUUGAGUAUCUCACAGGAGAAAUGAAGGAAUAUGGAGAGUGGAUGAAAAAUAAGCCCCUAACAGUCCAGCUGGUGGACUGGAUCUUGCGAGGAACCUCUCAGGUGAUGUUUGUCAACAACCCUCUCAGUGGACUGAUCAUUUUAGUGGGGAUCUUCAUCCAGAGUCCCUGGUGGAUGCUCACAGGCUGUACUGGAAUGACAGUGUCAACAUUAACUGCGCUGGCCCUCAGUCAGGACAGAUCAGCCAUUGCAGCUGGGCUGCACGGCUAUAACGGCAUCUUGGUGGGACUGCUCAUGGCUGUCUUCUCUGACAAAGGGGAUUACUACUGGUGGCUUCUUCCUCCUGUGGCAGUUAUAUCGAUGGCCUGCCCAAUCCUGUCCAGUGCUUUGGGAUCCAUCCUCAGUAAAUGGGACCUUCCUGUUUUCACUCUGCCCUUCAAUAUUGCGGUGACUUUUUACUUGGCAGCCACAGGACACUACAACCCCUUCUUCCCUACAACCCUCAUCAAGCCUGCAACAUCAGUGCCCAAUAUCACCUGGUCUGCAAUCGAUGUGCCACUGCUCUUGCAGUCCAUCCCAGUCGGUGUUGGUCAAGUGUAUGGUUGUGAAAACCCCUGGACUGGAGGCAUCUUCCUUGUUGCUUUAUGUAUCUCCUCCCCACUUAUUUGUUUACAUGCUGCAAUUGGAUCAACAGUGGGGAUGUUUGCAGCACUGAGCAUUGCAUCACCAUUUGAUAGCAUCUACCUUGGAUUACACAAUUACAACUGUGCACUCGCAUGCAUUGCAAUUGGGGGCAUGUUCUAUGCCCUGACCUGGCAGACUCAUUUGCUGUCUCUUGCCUGCGCAUUAUUUUGUGCCUACUCUGGAGCAGCUCUUGCUAAUGCCCUAUCUGUGCUUGGGCUGCCACUCUGCACCUGGCCUUUUUGCUUCUCUGCACUUCUCUUUUUGCUGAUAAAUUCAGACAACCCAGCCAUCUACAAAAUCCCCCUCUGCAAAGUCACCUACCCAGAAGCCAACCGGAUCUACUACCUGAUAACAAAGAGAAGAGCAUCAGAGAGCAGGAGAGAAGAGCAGAAAAGAAAGGAGCAGAAACCCUCCGGCGACUCAAAAAUAAGCACAGGAGGCACACCCCUGUGCACCCCAAAAAACCACCGCCUACAACAUACACAGGUAAAUAUUCUUACAGAGUGCACACUAUUUUUGGUGCCAUCUUCUGACUCCUUGUUAAGUGCCAAGACAAUGAAGGUGAGCCUAGGUGCUGCUUACGGGACUGUUUGUGCCUUUAUAAGCGAAAUACCAGCAGCACCAGCAACUGCCAGCCUCUCUAAACGUUCCCUAGAAGCAGCAUUCAAGGUUGAAGUCAGCCUGGGAGACAAAAAUUUGGUGCCAUAUAACCUCUUUCAUGUGGAACCUAUCCUUGCAUUAGCUGGGCCCUUCCAGAAGGCAGAAAACGUCUGCUCAUUAUUUGUGCAAACAUUUACUACUUCUCAAAAUGUCACCGUCAGCCUUCCAAUAACAUACAGUCAGAACAUCAAAAUGGAAAACAGUGUUGAUGUCAAGAUAGAAACCAUGGGCGAAAGAAAGCCAAUAAAGCAGAAUCCACUGAGCAAAGCUGGGAAGAGAGUCUGCAGAGCUGUUGGGUACAUCACUGGAAACAUGAAGGAAUUUGGAGCCUGGCUAAAAGAUAAACCUCUCAUGAUCCAGUUUAUUGACUGGGUGCUGCGUGGGAUAUCCCAGGUGAUGUUUGUCAACAAUCCCCUCAGUGGGCUUAUCGUAGUUGCUGGCUUCCUGGUGCAGAACCCAUGGUGGACACUCACAGGCUGUUUAGGAACAGUUGUCUCAACUUUAACAGCACUUAUUCUGGGUCAGGACAGAUCAGCCAUUGCGGCAGGCCUGUACGGCUAUAACGGGGUCUUGGUGGGAUUGCUCAUGGCCGUCUUCUCUGCUAAAGGAGACUACCACUGGUGGCUUCUACUGCCAAUAGCACUGGUGUCCAUGAUGUGCCCUGUUUUCACCAGUGCUUUAGGCUCAGUCUUCUGUAAGUGGGAUCUGCCUGUUUUCACCUUGCCUUUCAACUUGGCCUUGACCCUCUAUCUGGCUGCAUCAGGACCCCAUAAUCUCUUCUUCCCUACAACUGUCAUUCAGCCUGCAACAGCAACACCAAACAUCACCUGGACGGAUGCUGAAAUGCCAAUGCUCCUGCAAUCCAUUCCAGUUGGAGUGGGUCAGGUUUAUGGCUGCGAUAACCCCUGGACUGGGGGAAUUUUCCUGAUUGCUUUAUUUAUCUCUUCUCCACUCAUUUGUCUGCAUGCAGCAAUUGGAUCAGCAGUGGGGAUGCUGGCAGCACUGAGCUUAGCAACACCAUUUAGCAAAAUCUACUCCGGCUUGUGGGGCUACAACAGCUCCCUCUCAUGCGUUGCGAUUGGAGGCAUGUUCUACGCUUUCACCUGGCAGACACAUUUGCUGGCAAUUGCCUGUGCACUCUUCAGUGCCUAUCUGGGAGCAACAGUGACGAACAUGUUGUCUGUGUUUGGGAUGCCAUCAGGAACCUGGUCUUUUUGCUUGUCUGCACUGACCUUCCUGUUAAUAACCACAAACAACUCGGCCAUCUACAAGCUGCCACUCUGCAAAGUCACCUACCCAGAAGCCAACCGAGCUUAUUAUCUGAAGAUGAAGAAACAUCAAAGGUCUUGCUGUGAGGUAUAAAGACCCAAGAAGAGAGAUACUUUGCAGAUUUUAAGGCAAAAGCACAAGGUGUUUCCCCCAAAAAACGUGAUUUGUGUGCUACAAAGUCCAAAGACCAAAAAAAUAUUGCCACCUUCUAAGUGGAGAGACUUUUUCCACUACAUUCAUUUGUUCUAUCCUGAUUAGAUAGGAUUGUGUUGCCCUGGAAGGACCUUUCCCAAGACCAAUCUGUAAUGAUUUAAAAGCACAUAUGCCUGAAAAGACAUUCAAAUUUUAAUCAGUGGGGAAAUGAUUUAGAAGUUGAAAAGAAAAA